UAGUUCCUUACUUGGUAGAGCUGCCAACUGGAUACCGUGCCGUAGCACGCGGAACAAAUUGUUUUAUUUGUAAAUAGUGGGACAAAUAGAAGAUGGAAGAAUCAAGACGAGCGCUUGAGGAGCUGUUCUCCCUUCUCAAGUGUGUACAAUGCGAGGACCUACUUCAAGAGCCGCACAUCGUCGGCCUAUGCGGCCACACGGUAUGCAGGCGCUGCAUCGGUCGCCGUGAUGCGUGCGGCGUCUGUGGCUCGCCGACAACACAACGCGAGCUGAAGCCUGACCCACAGAUUAGCAGCGUACUCACUUGCGCCGCAAAGCUCGGACAACUCCUCUCAAGCUCGACACUCAGCGAAACAGCACCAGGCGGAGACGACUUGCAAGAUGCUGCGCAAACCAGUGACGUGAGCACUGAAAAAGGUGCCAAAGAUGCUGGGCAACCUGGUUCACCUGCAAGGAGUAUUCCUCCUAAAGGAGCCCAAGAGAGAAGCAGCACAAGGAAGGUGGCAGAGAGGCGGAACCGCUUGGGAGAGACACCUCUGCAAGUGGCAGCUAUCAAGGGUGACGCCGCCCGAGUGAAGGCCCUGCUCAGUGGAGGUGCUAAUCCCAAUGUUCGCGACAACGCCGGCUGGACACCUCUGCAUGAGGCCUCCAGUCAAGGUGCCGUGGAAGUGGUACGCCUGUUACUUGCAGCUGGUGCAUCGGUCAAUGCAGCAGGCCCAGAUGGUGUCACACCGCUACACGAUGCUGUGCUCAGCAAUGUGCCCGAUGUGGUGCUACAGCUAUGCAGUGCAGGGGCUGACAUUAAUGCCAGGACCAAUGACGGCCGCACCCCUGUGUCACUUGCCCAGAGUGAGCUGAUGAAGGCUGCCCUGCGAUCACCUGCCGCCCCUGGGCUGCAGCAGCCACCUCGACCACCUCAGGUGGAUGAACUAAUGUGCAGAAUACAUCCGCUAUUGGAUGCACUUCUAUGCAGAUAUAAUAGCAAAAUAAUUUUUUUUCUUGCGUCAAAGGCGCAAGGAAAGGUGCGGCUGCGGAAAAACUGCUACAACGAGCAGACUGACAAGGUGGCUGCCCUGUAUGGCGAUAGAGGAGUUGCCAAAUCUAAUUUGUGA